AUGUCCCCACCUCGGAACCUCCGGGAAGUCCAGAGGCUGAAUGGACGCCUGGCUGCACUGAACCGCUUCCUAUCCCAGUCCGCAGAAAAAGCUUUGCCCUUUUUCAAGGUGCUUAAGAAGGCCGAUCAGUUCUCCUGGACUGAGGAGUGUCAGGCUGCUUUCGACAGGCUGAAGCAAUACCUGCACUACCUACCCACCCUCGCUUCACCUCGGCUCGAGGAGAAGCUGUACCUCUACCUCUCCGCAGCGGACGAGGCUGUCAGCGCUGUGCUCAUCCGGAAUAAGGGCACUCAAGUGCCAGUCUACUAUGUCAGCCGAGCUCUCCGUGGGCCGGAGACUCGAUACACUCAAGUGAAAAAACUUGUGCUAGGACUAAUCCACGCCGCCCGACGGCUGAAACCCUAUUUCUUAGCUCAUCCCAUCUCCGUCAGGACCGACCAGCCCCUCCGACAGAUACUGGUGCGGCCCGAGGCCUCCGGGCGCCUCACUAAGUGGGCCGUUGAGUUGGGGAGUACGACCUGUCGUAUGAGCCCGCGUACCGCCAUAAAAGCUCAAGCCUUAGCUGAUUUCUUGGCCGAGCUCACCUUCACGGAAGGUCGAGAAUCCACCUCCGCCAUUGCCGAAGUGUCCACCCCACACCUGUGGACAUUGUAUGUGGACGGAUCCUCUAAUGGAGAUGGCAGUGGAGCAGGACUGCUCCUGGAGGGCCCCCAGGGUGAAGUGUGCUCGUACGCCCUCCGCUUUGACUUCCUGGCCACCAACAAUGAGGCCGAGUAUGAGGCCUUGAUCGCGGGGCUCCAACUAGCCCGCAGGCUUGGUGCACAGCGGAUCUACGUCCGCAGCGACUCCCAACUCGUAGUCUGCCAAGUCCAUGGUGAGUAUGAGGCCAAGGACGAAACCAUGCAACGGUAUCUAUCCAAAGUCCACCAACUCAUCGCAUACUUCGAAUCUUUCGAAAUUCAGAGAAUCCCCCGCUCCCAGAAUAGGCGGGCCUACGCCUUAUCCCGGUUGGCUUCCACCUCAUUCUCUGACCUCAACAAGACCAUUUUGGUGGAAGUGUUGAGCGAGUCGGGAUACAUGGAAGAGGUAGCCUGCCCUGUGAACACGGGAGAAACAUGGAUGAGCCCGUUCAUCCUUUUCUUAGGACAGGGAGUCCUCCCCGAGGACCGAGCCGAGGCGAGAAAGAUACAACGCAAAUCUGCUCGAUACGCGCUCCGCGAUGGAGAACUGUAUAAACGCUCAUACCUUGGCCCAUGGCUGAGGUACGUCACGCCCGAGGCAGGACGCCAGGUCCUCCGUGAGAUACAUGAAGGCCUAUGUGGGGCUCACGUCGGCCAUAGGAUGUUAGCCAGGAAGACCUUACUUCUUGGUGUUCUGUGGUCAUAUCGGACCACGCCGAGGUCAUCCACGCAAGAGACCCCCUUCUCCUUGACCUAUGGAACCGAGGCUGUCAUCCCUGCGGAGCUCCUCACACCCAGUCCUCGGCUAACAGCCUAUGUAGUCGAGGUGAACGGAGAGGAGAGGCAGCUAGAUCUCGACCACAUUGACGAGAAAAGAGACCUUGCCUCAGCUCGGACAGCUUCCUACAAGAACACCCUGGCACACUACUACAAUGCCCGCGUCAAGCAUCGGCGAUUCCUGCCAGGAGACUUGGUGCUUAGAAAAAACUCGGUCAGCCGAGCUGAACUACAAGGGAAAUUAGGCCCGAAAUGGGAAGGGCUUUACCGAGUUGUGGAAUCUAGUCUAAGUGGGUAUUGUAAACUAAGUUACCGAGAUGGCACUCUAGUGCCGAGGACUUGGCACGCCGAGAACCUCAGACUGUAUUAUGCUUGA